AUGAAAACUUCAACAAUAGCUGAAGAUUUGAUGUACUCUGAUGUAUUGAAAGAAAUGGAAAAGUUGGCCACAACAACUCUACCAGAAAAAUCGCCAAUUCUGGGUGACAAAUUGGAUCCAGCAAGCAGUUCAACUACAAUUCCAGAAGUGGAUUUGAAAAUGGAUCCUGGCCCAGCAAAUGGCUUCAAACUUCAAGAUGACGUGGUCAAAACACGCUUUGUAUUGACUAAAUCAGAUUUCUUGGCUAAAACAACACCAAAAACUUCGAAUGAUUCUACAACUACAGACAAUGAAUUUUUCAAGGAUUCAUCGACUUUUGAGCCAAACAUUCUUCCAAUGAAAAUAAAAGGCGCAAAGAAGCCGCAGAAAGGUCAAAAAUACAAUGAAAAUCCGAUUUUUGUGUCUGAGAAUCAACCAAAAAUUGAUAUGACUGUUUUGCCUGAAAAUUUGACUUUAAAACGAACUAAUAAAACAACGGUAGUCAGUCCAUCGGCUUUUAAACUCAAAGCCACAGUGACGACGAAAAUUCCGGAUCCUCCUGGAGCAUCGAACUUGCAAGAAUUCGUGAAAACCGAGGAGAAGCUGGGAGAUUUGGGGAAUUCCGUGAAAUUCGAGGAUUUGACAAAGAAAAAUGCGGAAAUCGAUGUCAAAACGGGAAUUUUCGCAAAACAGGAAGAUCACCAAGAAUUCGGGAAUGCAAAUUCUCCCCUUGAACAUCAAGAUAUUCAGCUGAAUGAGCAAAGAAAUGGGAUUAAAGAGGAUUUCCCCGUGAAACCACAGGAAAUUCACUCGAAAAGCUACAAUUUGAUCUCGGAAUUGCCGAAAAACCACGAUUUCUCCUCGCGAACCCAUCUCGCCGUCACGAUUGCUGAAGAGUGCCUUGACGAUUUCGACCCAAGCCUCACGCGGUCUUGCAUGUACGAAAAACAGUGGAAAAAUCGCUACUAUUUUGAUAAAGAUGCCCGAUCGUGUCGAAUGUUUUGGUGGGAUGGAUGCUUUUCGAGCUCGAGAAAUAGCUUUUCUGAUGAGGAGACGUGCAAAUGGAAAUGUCUGGGAGCACAUCCAAAACCGGAAGGAAGCACCUGUUUGGAGUCGUUCGAUACAACCUAUUUGGGCGAUUGUCGAAAUGGGAAAUUCGAGAAUCGCUUCUACUUUGAUCUAAACACAAAACAGUGUAUUUCUUUUCAUUGGGGCGGAUGUCGGAGUGACUCGAGGAAUUUCUUUGCCGAUUUUUCUGAAUGCCAACGAGUUUGCGAGAAUCCACCGCGCGAGUUAGUUCAAUCGUGUCUUGAACCAUUCGAUAACGGCUAUGAGAAAUCUUGCCUAUCGGAUGGACGCUAUCAUCAAUAUUAUUUCUACGAUAUAAACACACAUUCGUGCAAAAUGUUCUGGUUCGGAAACUGUCGACGAACGAAUCAGAACAUUUUCCCAUCACUUUCGACAUGUCAAUGGGUUUGUGAAAGAGAUGCGCACGAGAAGAAACAAGAUGCCUGUUUGGAUGAAUUCGAUCCGAAAUACGAGGAUUCCUGUGGACAAGGGAUUUGGAUGGAAAAGUGGAGAUUCGAUCACUCAACCGGUCGUUGCAAAUCAUUUUGGUUCGAUCAGUGUGUGUCGAAGAGUCAGAACAUUUUCCCAGAUGAGGCCUCGUGCAAAAGUCAAUGCGAAAAACCAGGUUUAAAUCAACUGAGUCGUUUCAACGACACCGAGUCAAAUUUCCGGUGUUUGGAGCCGAAAACGAUCGGGGAAUGCAAAGAAACUUACCCAGCGUAUCACUAUGAUCGACAACUCCGCGAAUGUCGUCCAUUUUCGUAUUCGGGAUGUGGCGGGAAUGGGAAUCGCUUCUUGACAAUCAAUCAAUGUGAAAUGAUGUGCUUUGAUUUCAAUUCAUUAACAGAUCCUGAAAUGGAUUGCUUUGAGCCCUUGGAUAUCGGUUAUGGGCGAAAUGAGAUGGAAUGCAUUGAAAAUUCCGGUUUUCGCUUUUAUUUUGAUCGGGAUUUCGGUUCAUGCUCGAAAUUUUGGUAUCUGGGAUGUGGCGGGAAUGCGAAUAAUUUCUAUUCUUUUGAUGUCUGCCAUCGAACUUGUCGAAAUUCACGGCGGCUACCGAAGAGAGAAAUCGAUGAUAUCAGUGUUUGUUUCGACGUUCCAUCGGAUAAAGGCCGUUGUCACAACAAUGACACGAAACCCGUUCAACGUUGGACGUACACGAAUGGGAAAUGCGCGAAUUUCACGUACAGCGGCUGUGAUGGAAGCUCGAAUCGUUUCUCCUCUCUGCACGAAUGCGAGUCAAUCUGUAAAGGGCUGAAGAAAAGCAUUCAGAUCAACAAAUGUUCCCACCAACCGGAUUGGGGAACGUGCAAUCACAUGCGAUAUAUGUGGUAUUAUGAGAGCAAAGUUGGCACAUGCGCUCAAUUCCUUUACGGUGGUUGCGGAGGGAAUACGAAUCGUUUCGAGACUUUUGAGGAAUGUCAAAAAGAUUGCGAACCGAGUGGAUUCGACCCAUGUCUCGAGCAUUUGGAUCGUGGUCGUUGGUGUGAGGAUAUGUCGAAUCGAUACUAUUACAAUAAAAAAAUGAAGGAAUGCAAGGGUUUUCACUACACGGGUUGUGGAAACUCGAACAAUAAUUUUCACACAUUGGAGGAGUGCGAGGCGAGAUGUGUUCGUCGAGCGAGAAAAGGAAAAGCACUUCCAAUUGGCGAAGAAAUUCGCGAAAAUCGUUUGGAAGAUGAGAAUUUAAUGAAUUCUGAGGAAGAAAACGGGAUUUUCGACAAAUUAGCGACUGUUGAUGUGAAGGAGAACGCGUUGAAGCUGAAUUUGUCCUGGGCCCCUGAAAGCACUCAAAAGACCACUCGGAAAACCGUGACUCCAACGCCGAAGCCCGUUCGGUCAUCGACAAGAAAGUCGACAACGAAAAGCCUUGACAAAUACGCUCACCGCAAACCAACAGAAAAAACGCCAAUGUUGCGCCACGAGUUCUUGAAUGGAGUGAAUCGGACAUAUUUGAAGACGGAUCCGGAAUGGCAUCAUUAUGAGACAUGUUUGGGCUAUCGCUACAACGUUUCCGGCCAUCAAACGGUUCUCAAGACGCAUUUGUGCGAUAUGGAUGGGAAUCGGCAUUGCUGGAGUGAGAUUCACGAGUCAACAAAUUCCGAGGAGCACUGUGCCGUGAUUCGUCCCUUUUUGCGGGGCGUUCAUUUGUACUCAUGGUUUUUCGAGCUCACAAUGAAACCCCAUGACUAUUCGCCGACAUCCAAAAAUCGAAAAGAACAGAAAAAAGACGAAACCCUUGCUUCUCUUUUACUUCUAAAAGCCAAUCGAUGCUUUGAUAUUUGC